UCAAAGCUUUUUCUUAUCAGGAACACAGAGGGACAUAGCUCAGAGAACCUGCUGUAAUUGUGCCGUGCCCAUAAUGGCACUAAAUAUAGCAGGGACCCUUCUCCUGGCUACUGGGGUCACUCUCCUGAUUUACCUUGCUAAAUGGUGGAAUAGGAUAACUCGGAAAAAUCUGCCCCCAGGGCCAACACCUCUGCCCGUGCUGGGGAAUAUCAUGCAGAUCAGCACCACAGAAUUUCCACGAUCUUUGGUUAAGCUGAGUGAGAAGUACGGACCUGUAUACAACCUCUACAUCGGCAACAAUCCUGCAGUCAUGCUGAUUGGCUACGAUGCUGUGAAGGAGGCGCUUGUUGACCGCAGCGAUGCGUUUAGUGACAGAGGAGAAUUGGAAUUUACAGAUCUGUUCUUCAAGGAUUAUGGGGUCAUCAUGAGUAAUGGGGAAAGGUGGAAGACAAUGCGUCGCUUUUCUCUCAUGACUAUGAGGAAUUUUGGAAUGGGAAAGAGAAGCAUUGAGGAAAGGAUCCAGGAGGAGGCCCAGUGUCUUGCGGAGACAUUCAUGAAGAAUAAAGGGACCCCAUUUGACCCUGCAUAUAUACUGAGACAGGCUGUAUCCAAUGUUAUUUGCUCCGUUGUAUUUGGCAAGAGAUUUGACUAUGAGGACAAGAAAUUCAUAACCCUCCUGUCAUACAUUAUAGACGUUGUCCUUCUAAUAAACACUGCCUCGGGUCAGCUUCUUAAUAUAUUCCCGACCUUGAUGAAAUAUGUCCCAGGUCCUCACCAGAAACUUUUCCCAACAUUCAAAAAACUGGAGGACAUUAUAAAGGACAUAGUGAGGUCUCACCAAAACACACUGGAUAAGGACUGCCCACGAGACUACAUAGACUGCUUCCUCAUAAGGAUGGAAGAGGAAAAAAACAACCCAAACACAGAAUUUCGUGAUGAGAACUUACAGUCAGCAGUACUUGACCUGUUUUUUGCUGGGACCGAAACUACAAGUUUGACACUGAGAUAUGGAUUCCUGAUUCUGCUCAAAUUCCCUGAGAUACAAGAGAAGAUCCACAAGGAAAUAGACAAUGUAAUAGGCAGAGAUCGCUUUCCAUCAGUGGAGGACAGGAUUAAGAUGCCGUACACAGACGCUGUUAUACAUGAGAUCCAGAGAUUUGCUGAUAUUGUCCCUGCGGGACUGGCUCAUGGAACCAGUAAAGACACAACAUUCAGGGGAUAUCAUAUUCCAAAGGGUACCUUGGUGUUUCCAGUGCUGACCUCUGUCCUGAAAGACCCCAAACAGUUCAAGAACCCAAACAAGUUUGAUCCGGGACACUUUCUUGAUGAGAAUGGUGGCUUUAAGAAGAAUGAUGCAUUCAUGCCAUUUUCUGCAGGAAAACGCAUGUGUAUGGGGGAGGGUCUGGCGCGUAUGGAACUUUUCCUCUUCCUCACCACUAUUCUGCAAAAAUUUGCAUUGAAAACCACAGUGGACAACAAUAACAUAAGCAUAACUGCAGAACCAAAGACCAAUGGUUCCCGACCUAGGCCCUAUGAGAUGUCUGUUGUCCCUCGCUGAUCAAGUGUUACCGUAAAUUACAUCCAGUGACACAAAGGUUAUAAACAGCACAACACAAACAAAUAACAAUGAAUUUAUAUGAAUAAUAAUGAAGUUCUUUUUUUUUUUAAACAUUACAUUUGUAUUAAAAUUAUUAAGAGUAAAUUGGAAUACAAAAAAUAAAGGGAAAAGGGGAAACAAUAGGGUAGCCAGCUAGUUGUUUACAUAGAAGGACGAAGCCCAAGAAAGGUGAAUGAGACAGAAAUGUAAAACUGACCAUAAGAUUAAAUAAGUGGUUCUCAAACUGUAUACCAUGGCACCCUUGGAUGCCUCAGGGCACUUGCAGGGGUGCCUUGGAUUGGUCAUCCAGGACCAGCUCAAAUUAUUUAUGGUCAAUGUAAUAGGUAAAACCAGUGCUGGUGGCUGCCAAUCAUAAAUUAUGUGGACAAACAGAAGAAAAUCUUGUCCCUCACUGCAUAAUUGAACCUAAGGAUAACAUAUAAAUACAAUUUACUGUAAUUUAAUAUUUAUUUAAAAAUUUCUCAUUAAGAAACUUUUGGCCUAGGGGUGCCGUGAAAAAAAUACUUAUAUUCUAGGGCGCCAUGAUUACAAAAACUUUGGGAACCACUGGAUUAGAUAUUAGACAAAGUUAUCAAGAAUCUGAAUGAGGAGAACAUAGGACAGAAAGGUCAACUGGAAUGCUGUAUAAUGUUGAAUGACUCAUCUCUUCCCUGUACUCACUCCAGUUAAACCACUUCAAAUUUAUAGAGGAAGGGGUAGAGAAGUAUUUAGUCAAGAAUAAUGAAGUUCUUAACACUAUAACAACAAAAUUUCUGUUUCAAAUGUCAUGAGCACAUUUACAUCAAAAGCUGAAUAACUUGAUAAAUAAAAAAAUAUACAACACAAUCA